GGAUGUGACGUCAAGUCAAAACAACAGUGACUCCUUUCUAUUGGCUGAUUCUGGAAAGUGACGACCGGUGUUUUCUAUGACCAAUGAACCGCAGGAGAGCGCCUCGUCGCAUCUCUCACUCUCAGAGGAGGGAUGCACCACCAGCAGCAGCAGGAGGAGAAUGGCGACAGAGGACUGAAGAGCAAUGGCGAGGCCAAGGCAAAGCACAGGUGAGAGACGGGGAGAGGGAUGAGAGACGAGAGCAUCAUGGGAAAGACACCGUGCCCAGCGGGACCUGCCAGACCAUGUGCCCUGCUCGUGAGCUGCGGGACCGCGAGCUGCAGAACCGCCUCCACCGCUUUGAGUUGCUAGCGGGCACGGAAAGAGACCGGCGGCCCAGGGGAGACCCCUUGCGUGCCGUCAAAGAGUAUUCCAGACCAGCAGCUGGGAAAGACUCGACAAACCCCACAGAUCUACGUCCACCUGCAGUGUUACUGAAAACUGUGUUUUAUCUUAUUGAUGACAUCGCUGCCUCCCCUCACCUGCGGCCAUGGACGGAGAUGUACAGCUUCGCCUUUGAUCGUUUGCGUGGCGUGAAACAGGACAUGAUCAUCCAGAGGGUGUCGGGUUUGACCUGUGUGGCCAUUUUAGAGCGCGCCGUGCGUUUCCUUAUCUAUGCCUCCUAUCGGCUUUGUGGCGAGCCCCUGCGGCUCUACGACCCACGCAUCAACGACACACACCUCCAGGAGAAUCUGAGCUGGCUGUUGGAUUGCUACGCGACCGGAACGGGGCCGCAUCCCAACCAGGAAGAGUUGCAAGCUCUUGGUCUGCUGUACAACUUGGGUUCAGCUCGUGCCGCGCAGCACGUCAUGGAGCUCCCCGAGCAGCUCCGCAGCUCUCCUGCCAUCGCGCUCGCUCUUUCCAUCAACAGAGCUUUUCUGGAGCGAAAUCCCGUACGGCUGCUCCGAUUGGCUCGGAGGUUGAAUUUCCUGCAGAGCUGCGCUCUGCACCGACACUUGGUGUCAUGCGGCCGAGACCUGCUGCUAAUAUACAGCCACGGAUACAGCAGCCGCAACUGCCGCUUCCCUCUGGACGGACUGGCUGGGCUCUUAUCUCUAGACGAGGCGCUCGCGGCCCGACUCUGUCGGGCGUAUGGAGUGGUGGUGAACCAGGACGACCAAUUAGUUUUCUCCAAGGCUGCUUUCACUGAGCCCGAACAAGGGAAACUGCACUGCAGACUGUAUCACAACGUAGUGGCAGAGAAACAGAGAGACCUCAGUGUUGGGAACAUCAUUCACGAUUGUGCUUGAGACAAAUACAAAAAGAGUAAAUCGUCACUACAUGUAGAAUAAAUUGUCUCUUUACUGCUGUCCGUCCACAGGGUGAUCGGUGCCACUGGCAGGGAUUUAAAAUCUAGUCAGGAUACUUCAGCAGUGUUUUCAUCUUUCUGCUCCUGUUAUUGGAUUUGAGCCUUGGAGCUUCUUUCGAGGACACAUGUUCAACAUUAGGGUCAGGGCUUUUGUUGAGCUCAUUGGCCACGCUCCACCUGAAGCUGAACUCGGAAAAGAAACGCUCCCUCUUGGUUCUGAAGCGGCUUCUUCAUCCUGAUCAUGCACUUGGUGCCUGAUUUACUUAAAGAUGUGAAUUUACUUUUAUAAUGUUACUGGUUAUGUUGUUUUAAUAUUGUGUUCAUGCCAUAUUGUAUUUUUUUGGUUAAGCAUUUCAGAAGUUUUCUGAAAAACUACAGUUUGACAUUGUUCAUUUGUUCUCAUCAAUAAAGUACCUCAAACAUUUAAAUAAAUGUGUUGCGUAAAAGAAA